UUUCAUAAGAAAUCUGUUCCCCGGAAGUGCUUCAGUGCGUCAACUUUCUGCGCAGUUGGUUGCCAUCAACAACGGUUGAAAACAGGUGAAGAAAAAGCGGACUGUCAUAUUUCAGAUCUACCCAUACAGUGCACGUUUGUGUCAAGCUCAAAACAUCAUGCCGACCAAUCCAGAUGAGCCUUACUACUGCUCCCAGCAGAUCAACAUUCCUCCGGAGCUGCCCGACAUCCUCAAACAGUUCACUAAGGCUGCCAUCAGAACCCAGCCCAAGGAUGUCCUGGCGUGGUCUGCAGCGUAUUUCCGGGCAAUGUCUAAAGGUGAGACUCCCCCGGUGAAGGAGAGACUGGAGAUGCCCAUCGCUUCUCAGAAAACCGAUACAGGCCUCACCCCAGGAUUGCUGCAGGUUCUCAAUAGACAGCUUGGUCCAAAGAAGAUUGUGCCCCUGAAUGUGAUAGAGGAGAAGUGGCUUGACCUUGCCCUUCCCAAGGAACAGUUUGAUGACUUUGUCAGAAUUGGCAGCUUUGGUGGAGAUGUAGAAUGGACAAAGUUCUUUGCCCUGGCAGCGUCAGCUCUAGGAGAGAACAUCAUCAGUGCCAUGAAGACAGUGUGUGAGAUCCUGACGGCGGACCCUGAGGGCGGCCCAGCUAGGAUUCCCUUCCCUCUGUUCAAGGACCUGUACACCUACCUGGCCCAGAUCGAUGGGGAAAUCUCCCAGCAACACGUCAACGACGUUAUCAACCACCUCCAGUAUGAAGUAGACAAGCAAGAUGGUUAUGUGAUGCCCCGAAACUUCACCAGCCCAGACUGCCCCAAACUGUCCUGAGGAUUGUCAUCAUCCUUGAGGCUCUGCCAGUUUGCCAUCUUUCUCUCUACUUCUCUGCUCAGUAUUUCUCACUGCUGUCUUGUCUUUAUUUAGCUCAAUCCAAGAAACAGCUCACUCUCCUACUUCCCACCUACCGAACUCCUUCCUCCAUGCUCACACAAUCAACUCACAGUAGGAUAUUUUUGUAAAGCUUCUGUGCAAGAGUCGCUGAGUCAGCCCACUUGUCUGUGAUAUCUCUAUGUUGUAACUUUGAAUCAUAUGGGCGUCGGUAUUGUCAAGUAGGAAUGUCAGUUAUGAACUAAAAACAUUAAACAUUUGGUAUGUGAUACUCAUUUUUGAAGUUUUUGAAUUAGGUUUGAUUAGUGAAUUUCUGGUAUCUUCUCAUUUCUAUUCAACAGUGAUUGUGCUUUGAUAUUAUUUCUAUCUUACAAAGAACUUUAAAUAAAGUAUUAUCUCUCUUCCAUACUGUUCAGAGGCUCUUCCAUUGCAUAUUUUUUCAUUUUCAUAUUUCAUGUUCAAGAACUGAAAAAAUACAUAACCCAAAUAUGGCCAAAUUCUUGAAACUAUCAUCUCAACUCUUUGUAUUUGACGAGUUUGUAUCAAAUUAUUUUAUUUAUUAAUGAAGAAUUGUUUCUUUUCUUGUGUAUUUUUGUCAGUUUAUUUGUACAGCUGUAAGAAUAUUCUGUGUAUAGUUGUGUCUCAUGAAAGAUGUAUAUGUCCACUGGAUCCUGUUAAUAAAUGUUCAUAAAGUU